UUAUCGCAGCAGUCAUUCCUCGGUGUCGGGAACCCCCGUGCAUGGUGCUGUUAAACCGUAUACUAUUUACUACUAGCUGCAAACUUAUCGCCUUGGGAAGUGGAACCCUUUGAGAUAAGGAAUUGGGAGAUAUCAUCCAAUUUUUGGGGCCGAUCAUCGUGCAUGCAGCGUCCGCGGCCCCGAGGCCCUCGUUCCAGAUCACGAUGCAGCCUUCACCGUCAACUCCGCAUCAGACCGCUCCCAGCCCGUCCAAACCCUCCCGACACAGUAGUCGACGUGCCGGCGACUCCCAGUUAACAAUCACGCGUGGCUACGACACUCCUGGCUCGGAUCGGAAGCAGGACGAUGGCGCAGGAAGCAGAUCAGGUACCACGGUUAAAUCUGCCAAACGGAAAAAACCCCGUCAUCGAAAGCGUCGUCAUCGCCGUCAGUCCUUUCUCGGCGGCGCUGAGGAUCCUCAUCCCGCUGCUCCUCAUGCCUCGAUCCCCGACGCAGGUGAGGAUAUCAGCAUGAUGGCUGAUCAGGCUAAGCCGCAAGCUUCACUGCCGUUCUAUAAACUGGGUAGUAGGGAUCUCAGUAGUACGAGUUUGGAGAGUGAGGCUUUGUUAGAUCAUCGUCAUCAACCGUCGAUGAGACCUCGGAGAGAUAGUCGUCUCGCCCAAUCUUACCGUCCCGGUUCCUCGACCACCCCCUUUCGUCCCGAGUCGGGCUCCCAGACCCUGCCGUCUGCGCACAGAUCGUAUCGAGUGGAUAAUGAUAGUGGUGGGGAAGAAGAGGAAGUCAAUGAUCGGACACCGUUGAUGCCACCGCCCUCUGGUCAUAGUCCUAGCUUGCCUCGGUACGGGGCCGACUUUCGGUCAAGCCCGCUGUCGUUCCACCAACGACGACCUGCCUCCAGUCGUUCGAGCUCUUCUCGAUGCUCGCCUCGUGCCAUACCGAGUCCCAAGUUUGGUGAGCAACAAGAUCGUGAUUAUGACAUCAACAACCCUCCGUCCAUGCCAACGUCGCCCAAGCUCGGGCCUGAGAUGAACUAUGACGAUGCAGUGGUCACCGGGGCGGAGUUUGACUUUUCGCUCGCCAAGUCGAUUGAUAAUCGCAUGGAACAACUGGCUCGCUCGCAUGAUGUGUUGAUUGAUGUCGACGGAACCAAUAAUCGUCCCGCGCAGUCACCUGGGUCGUCGCCGACCUCGCCGCAGAUUAACCCUCAGGAGCGUCUCCGUCGUCGCACGACCUUUCCAGCUGAAGAAGAUGUCUGCUUCCCCACGGAAGAGGUUUCGGAAAUUGCCGAAGAAGACGCACAGAGGGCGGCCAAAGAAGGCCAUCGCCGACGGCGGCGGCUUAGGGAAUGGCCGGAUCUAUCCGUCUUGGAGGAUUGGAGCCGCCAGGAGAAGGAGGAGCGUUCAGGUGCCUAUCGCGCGAAGAAGAUCAGCGAGCCUAUGCUUGUCGAGGGUCGUCUUCGUCCACAGUACCGACUCUGGCGACGCGAAGAGGAGGAAGCUCCCUACCGAUUCACGUACUUCAACGAAGAAUUCCAAAGUACUAUCCACGCCCAGACCAUCUCGGAGCUAUGCCAGCCUGGUGGUAGUUUCCGCGAGCUCUUUAUUCCGGAUCCCCCAGAGUUAGACAUUUCGUCGGAUGAAGAGGAGGAGGAGGAGCAUCAUCAAAGGGAGGGCACAACGGACCACAACAACCAUAGCCGUCAGCCCAGCGGCAGCGUAUCCCGGGUCAUGUCGCCGAACGGUAACAGUCACGGCGCGAAUGGCAAUGGUAUCCAUAAUCACAACAGUCACCAGGGUGUCUACGGAAAUCAACGGCACCAGCCUCGAACGUCCAUCAUCAGUGAGGCUGUCACUGAGGCACGAACAUCCGCCGAAGCUUCGCCUCUGCGCAAACCAGUUCAACCUAAGCCCAAGCGGUAUGGGCCUCGGCCGACCUUUUGGCUUGAUGUUCUCUGUCCAACCGAUGCAGAAAUGCGAGUGCUCGCCAAAUCCUUUGGUAUCCAUGCCCUGACGACCGAAGACAUCAUGAUGCAAGAGGCGCGCGAGAAAGUCGAGCUGUUCCGGAACUAUUACUUUGUCAACUACCGCACCUUUGAGCAAGACCCCAACAGCGAAAACUAUCUCGAGCCCGUGAACAUGUAUGUCGUUGUGUUCCGGGAAGGUGUGCUGUCCUUCCACUUCUCGCAGACGCCCCAUCCGGCGAAUGUGCGCCGACGAAUCCGUCAGCUGAUGGACUACCUUAUCCUCAGCUCUGACUGGAUUUCGUAUGCUCUCAUUGAUGACAUUACGGACGUAUUUGGCCCCUUGAUUCAGGCCAUCGAGGAUGAGGUCGACGAGAUCGACGAGAAGAUCAUGCAGAUGCAUGCAGACGAGCGAGGUAUGGGGCCCAACAAGGAAGAGGAUAAUCAGAGCGUGACCACGUCUCUGGCCCCCGGGGAGAUGCUGCGGCGUGUGGGUGUGUGCCGCAAGAAGGUGAUGGGGAUGUACCGCCUCUUGAGCAACAAGGCAGACGUUGUCAAGGGUUUCGCCAAGCGAUGCAACGAGCAAUGGGAAGUCGCGCCCAAGUCGGAGAUUGGUCUCUACUUGGGUGAUAUCCAAGACCACAUUAUGACGAUGACCAGCAGCUUGACCUACUACGAAACGCUUUUGUCGCGUGCGCAUUCGAACUACCUGGCGCAGAUCAACAUCCUGAUGAACGAGCGGCAGGAACAAACAGCCGAUGUGUUGGGGAAGUUGACGGUACUGGGUACGAUUGUCCUGCCGCUGAAUAUUAUUUGUGGUAUGUGGGGGAUGAACGUGAAGGUGCCUGGUCAGGAUGUGGAUAGUUUGUCGUGGUUUUGGUCGAGUAAGUCUCUCUCCCUCUCUUCUACAUUAGUUGAGGAUGUCGUGGCUAAUGGAGCGUCUGUUUAGUUACUGCGGGGCUAGUUCUGUUCGCCAUUGCGUCGUUCUACAUUGCGAAACGAGUCUAUAAGAUUGUCUAGUCUAGUCUGGAAGAUGGUCUGGGUAGAAGGUUGGCUCUGGUUUGCUGGGUUCGAUAUCGAUUUCCUAUUUAGUUUC